AUGGCACUUCCAACAACAGUGGUUAGAUACUGCAACAACAAAAGUACACGGUAGAGAGAUGAUGACAGGGAUCAAAGGAGACAUAUAUAGAAGCAGAAGAUAGAUAUAUAGAGAGAGAGAACAGAAGAGAUUAUAUAAAAGUUUUUAUUUUGGAAGAUUCAAGAUCUGGACUUAGCUGAGAUUUUGGGUUCAAAUCUUUCUUGGUAAUAUUCUCAGUCAACCUUAUCCGACGUUUGGAGAAACUUUUCUGAUGAGGGGGACUGGGUUUGAGGUGAUGAAAUGGAGGAAAAGGAAGCAGCUUUGCACACUGCUAUAAAUGCAGUGCAGGCAUUGGGGAGGGGUUUUGAUGUGAAUUAUGAUACAAGAUUGCUCUACUGUAAGGGAGUGGCUGGAUCAAGGGUUGUUGAGAUUGAUGAAGAACACAAGAGGGAUGUUUGCUUGUAUGGUAAUAUCGUAGUGCCCAAUGUCUCAAGGGACGUUAUGAAUACCCAAGAAACCGGUGGGCGUGAUGGCUCUGGUGUUUGCAGCUAUGCUGAGAUGGUGGAGUUUUUCAAUAGAAAGGCCAAUCUAUCGGGGCAUGCUCCUCUCGGUAGCUUCAAUGCUUCAUUCAGCUUCACUGGUUCAAAGGAAAUAGAUGCUGCCACGACAAAGACCCUUUGUAUGGAUGGAUUUUUUAUUCCACUCGCUAAAAUUGAGCUGAUGAAAAUGCCUCUGGUUUUGCAAGAAAAUGUCAGGAGAGCUGUGCCAAUGUCAUGGGACCCACCCGCAUUGGCUAGCUUCAUAGAAAAUUUUGGGACACACGUUAUUACAUCCAUCACUAUUGGGGGCAAAGAUGUAAUUUAUGUUAAGCAGCAUCUCUCGUCCCCUCUAUCUACCGUAGAGAUAAAGAAUUAUAUUCAAGAAAUUGGAAACCAGAGGUUUUCCAGCAUCGAGAGCCUUACAAACUCUGGGCUAUUGAAGUACAAGGAUAAGGGCAGUGAUCCAUCAUUGUUCAAUAGCCAGGGGAUAUACCCUCAGCCUACUAGUGCUCCGUUUCUUGCUGGGAAUGGGAAAGAGGACGUUACAGUCAUUUUCAGACGAAGGGGAGGGGAUGAUCUAGAGCAAAGCCACAUUCAUUGGGCUAAAACUGUCAAAUCUUCACCAGAUGUCAUUGAGAUGUCGUUUUUUCCAAUCACAAUGCUCCUUGAGGGAGUGAAAGGAAAGGAACAUUUGUCACGUGCCAUAAAUCUCUACCUUGAAUACAAGCCUCAAAUUGAAGAAUUGAGAUAUUUCCUCGAGUUUCAGAUCCCUCGAAUAUGGGCACCUCUUCAGGACAGGCAUCCUGGCCAACACAGAAAGGAACCUGUCUGCCCAUCACUGCAGUUUAGCAUGAUGGGUCAAAAGCUUUAUGUCUGCCAAGAGCAGGUUUCAGUUGGGCGUAAGCCUGUAACUGGUAUGAGGCUAACUCUGGAAGGGGUGAAGAAGAAUCGACUCAGCAUCCAUCUUCAGCAUCUGGCAUCUUUGCCUAAGCUACUUCAGCCAUAUUGGGACUCCCACAUUGCUAUUGGUGCACCCAAGUGGCAAGGACCCGAGGAACAAGACAGCCGGUGGUUUGAGCCUGUAAAGUGGAAGAACUUUUCACAUGUGAGCACUGCCCCAAUCGAUUGCCCCGAAGCUUUCGUUGGCGACCUUUCUGGGGUGCACAUUGUCACUGGGGCCCAGCUCGGGGUGUGGGAUUUCGGGUCAAGAAAUGUCUUAUACAUGAAGCUGUUGUACUCUAGGGUACCCGGAUGCACCAUGAGGAGGUCAUCGUGGGACCACACCCCAGACGAUAAGUUGAAAAGGCAAACCCCAAGUGGUGGUGGUGGUGGAGACACAACAAGCCUUGUAGUUUUGGGUGAGAACACGGUGGUCGACAAUAAGUUGGCGAAAUUCGUUGAUAUGACAGAGAUGUGCAAGGGACCGCGAGAUCUUCCAGGUCACUGGUUGGUGACAGGGGGAAAACUCAGUGUUGAGAAGGGGAAAAUUGUUUUGAGACUGAAGCAUUCUUUGCUGAAUUAUUAAAGCAAUUUGAGGGAAAAAAAUGUGCCUCUCCUCUCAUCCAUAUAUAUGUUUAAGGUAGCUUGGGCUGUGGUUUUGGUGUAUAUUCGCCCUCUUUUUUUACUGCAUAAAUGGGAAUGGUAUUGUUUGAUAUGUUUGUGGUGAAAGGGUUAUUACACUGGUAGGUGGUUUUGG